AUGUCGCAUUGCCACGAUGAGCACGCCGGCCACGGCGGCCAUGACCACCACCACGAUCAUGAGCACGACCACUCAGACGACAUCACGCCGGCGCUGCAGCGCAGCCUCUAUCAACACAUCAGAUUCGACGACGUCACCACCAUGAAUGAGGCCGCAACGGGCUCCGGAAAGGCCAUCGUGAAGAAGACUUGGACGGAGCGGCUGCAGGAGGAGCCGGAGCUGGCGAGUGACGCUGAUGAGCAGAUCCUCAUGACCGUACCAUUCACAGGCCAAGUAAAGCUGCACUCCAUCCUCCUGCGCACCUCGCCCGCGGCCAGCGCCCCGCGCACCCUGCGCGUCUUCAUCAACCGCGAGGACCUGGACUUCGACGCAGCCGAGGAGCUGGCCCCCGCGCAGGAGUUCGAGCUCUCGCAGACGUCCGAGGUGCAGGAGCUGCCCGUCAAGCGCGCCCUGUUCGGCAAGGUGCAGCGCCUGACGCUGUUCUUCGUCGACAACUUUGGGGAUGGCGACGAGGACGUCACGCGGCUCAGCUAUCUGGGCUUCAGGGGCGAGUGGAUGCAGCUGGGACGCGCGCCGGCGCAUAUCCUGUAUGAGGCCGCGCCGAAUCCGAAUGACCAUGCGCUGAAGGGGACGGGUGUGAAUCAGAUGAGCGGCGGUAUUGGUGGCCGCGGACCGGGUCCGUGA